CAGUUGUUGCUCCUCUGUUCUACCUCUUUGCCUCUCCUGCCAAAACCUGAUUGCAUCUCGAGCCAUCAUGUCCAGCUGGACCGACUUUACCCAAGCUUUGAAGGGCAUUUCGGACACGCUCCCCAAGCUCCUGGAAGCCGACGACCAGUUGAAGGCCUUUACUACCUCGAAUGCCAUUGACAAGCCCAUGACCUUUGGCAUCAAGUCGAGUGCCUCUGACAAUACGCUUCUCGUCACCGUCACCAACGGCAGCGCAAAACCCAGUGUGGGAACGUCCAAGGAUGCCUUGUUCACGCUGUCAGCACUCCCACAGCAAUGGGAGGAGCACUUUAAGCCAGUUCCUGCUAUGCCCUAUCAAAGCUACUGGGGCAUGUUUGGCAUGAAUAUCAAGCAAAAAGGCAUUGAGGUCAUGGGCGACCAGACGGCCUUUGCCCAAUGGACACAUGUCUGGAGACGCGUUCUCGAACUCGCACACGACUCACAUUGCGGGCCACUUCCAGAGGAAGAGCAGCCCGAGCCCGCGCAAGACUUUCUCACUGGCAAAUACACUUUUCUGGAAGCUCCCGUGUGGGGUCGGUGCAAGGUCUUUUAUGAAUACUCGGGUGAGGGCAAGCAAGCCAUUGUGUUUUUGCAUACGGCCGGAAGCGAUAGCCGACAAUACCAUGGUGUCAUGAACGACGCGAAGAUGCGCAAGAAGUGCACCAUGUAUGCCUUUGACUUGCCUGCUCAUGGCCGCAGUUUUCCCACCAAAAACGCCACGGCGCAUACGAAUACCGAGGAUAGCUAUGUUGGAAUCAUCGCUGCUUUUGUCAAGAAACUGGGUAUUCGCCGGCCAAUUAUUUGCGGUGCGAGCAUGGCCGGUCAAGUCUGUCUUGCCGUCGCCAUUCGACAUAGGGAGGUCGGUGCAAUAGGCACUAUUCCUCUGCAGGGCUCCGAAUACCUCAAUAUGGAGCGUCAAUGGAACGAUCGUUCCCCAUAUGUUAACCAGGCCUUGUACAAUCCCGAGUGGGUGUAUGGUAUGAUGUCGCCCACUGCGCCUCGAGCAAAUAAGCAACUUAUAUGGCACUUGUACAGUGCGCAAGCCUACGGUAUCUUCCAUGGCGACCUCGACUUUUACUUUGGCGGCUGGGACGGCCGAUCCCGCGUCGCGUCCAUCGACACACAGAGCUGUCCCGUGUACAUGCUCACGGGCGAAUACGACUGGUCCAAUACGCCCGACAUGUCGCAGAAGACGGCGGACAAGAUACCUGGUGGAAUGCACAAGGCGAUGCCGGGCCUGGGGCAUUUCCCCGCAACAGAGAACCCGGCAAAGUUUGUGCCGCACUUGAUUGAGGCGAUUGAUCACAUCCAGAAGAUUCGCUCGAAGAAUAUGAGUAACAUGAGGCUGGGCGAUGGAACGGAUUAAGGCGUCUGCAUCAUCCAGUUGGGCUACUGCAGGAUGUGGCCAGUGCAUAGACU